AUUACUCCGUUCCAUUAUUAUACACUUCUGCUGUGUGACAGCAUCGACAACGAUAUCUAAUGUUAUAAAUGCUACUAAUAUAGGUUAGUAGGUGGAAAUAAUAUUGGUGAAGAAAGGUGAAGAUUAUUAUUAUUCCAGCGUUAUUGGAACAUUACAACAGGGGUGUGUCAUAAUGAAGACUUUUUUUACAUUUUUGGCAUUCGCCUUUUUAUAUGCAGUUAAAAGUCAACGUACACCGACAAUAUCUUAUAUUUCUCAAGAGCAAAUUAAAGAUAUUGGUGAAACUGUAGAGUUCCGUUGCUCAGUUUUAUAUGCACCUGACUUUCCAGUUGUAUGGACAAAAAUUAAUAAAAACGUUGCUAAUGACCAAUUACCACUUUCGCAUGGUAGUACUUUAAUUAUAAGAGAUACUAGAUUUACCCUCAAAUAUGAUGAUGCCCUAUCUACCUUUAGAUUGCAGAUAAAAGAUAUUCAAGAGACUGAUGCUGGAUUUUAUCAAUGUAAAAUUUUGAUAUCUUUGAAUAAUUAUGUAUCUGCAAAUGUUGAAUUACAAGUUCGUAGACCACCUAUUAUUAGUGAUAAUUCAACCAGAGCUCUGGUUGUCACUGAAGGACAGCCUGUGCAGCUUGACUGUUAUGCUGGUGGUUUUCCUACACCUAGAAUCUCAUGGCGUAGAGAAAACAAUGCCAUCUUACCAACUGGUGGAUCAAUUUAUCGUGGCAACACAUUGAAAAUUUCUACGAUUCGUAAGGAAGAUCGUGGAACAUAUUAUUGUGUAGCUGAAAAUGGAGUAGGUCGUGGGGCUAGACGUAAUAUUAAUGUUGAAGUUGAAUUUGCUCCUGUCAUCACAGCACCAAGACCACGACUUGGUCAAGCCUUACAAUAUGACAUGGAUCUAGAGUGCCAUGUAGAAGCUUAUCCUCCACCAGCUAUCGUAUGGUUAAAAGAUGAUGUUCAGUUGUCUAAUAAUCAGCAUUAUAGUAUAUCACAUUUUGCAACUGCGGAUCAAUAUACUGAUACAACGAUUAGAGUGAUCACAAUUGAAAAAAGACAAUAUGGAGAGUAUGUGUGCAGAGCUGCUAAUAAAUUAGGAACUGCAGAAACAAGCGUUGAAUUAUUUGAAACUACUGUCCCUGUGUGUCCGCCAGCUUGUGGUCAAGCCCUUUAUUAUGGGGCUGGAAUAGUACCAGUUUCUUCAGGGCCUUUGGUAGUCUUAGUUUUAUUUAUUACAGUUGUUAUGAGAAAUUUCUACGCCAAAUAUUAAUUAUCCCGGACUUCAGUGGGCGGCAGGAAGUCAAUGCAACGUAUCGAAAUGGCUGCUAAUAGCACUAUGGUUUACCAUUGUGAAUAGAUAUUAGAAACAUUACUUAUACAACAACUUUAGGGGCCUAAUUUGUUUUUAACUCCUAUUAGAUGAUUAUUUUUGUAGUUGUGAAUAAUGAAAUUGAAUAAUUAUUAGAGAAUAAAAGUUUUAGGGGCCAACAAUAUAGUAGAUGUUGGCAAGGUACAAACUAACAUUCCAGAAAAAUACAUAGUGAUACAUAGUGAAAAAAUUAAUGAUAUUACUAAUAGUUUGAGAUUUAUAUAUAUAAAUAUAUAUAGCCUUUUUUCAUAUAUCAGUACAGCUGAUAUAUUCGAAAAAGUGAUUGAUGAUGAUGUUACGAACAUAUAUCAGCCUUUAACAUAGUUUGUAGGAGUUCAAUUCAUACAAUUUGACACAUUCGAGACUGAUAUAUUUUGACAAGACCGUCCUUAGUGUCAGCUAACAUUUUUACAACUAUAAUAAGAAAUUAAAUAGCGUAAGAACAAGAUAAACAGAUUUUAAGAUUAUUUUCGUCUAAAAAGCGUUACGGCCCAUAUAAUAGGUCAAUAGUUAUUGAAAUCUUUUUCAUACUAGAUAGGUGAUGAAUCACCACGUAAGUCGUAAGCGUAGAAUAGUUGUAACCCUCUGCACCCGAGUUUUCUGUCGGUUAAAUAACGACACCAAAUAUUAUCUGUGCAUGGGAGAAGUACUUCCAGUACAAAGGGUUAACACUCCAAAAAAAUGAGCACAAUUAAUGUAAAGAUAAUUAUGAAAUCAUGAACAUAAAUAUUGUUAUUCCUGUUUUAUGUUUGUGAAAGUAUGAAGAAUCUACAACAAAAUAACUUUGCUAAAGCACAUAUAUAAUAUAAGAAAAUUAUCUGUAAGUACUACAUAUAAUAAAUUUUUUUCAGUAUUCCUUAAGAGAACUGUCUAAAUAUAAAUCUGGUUCAUCCUUAUAGUCUGUAUACUAGUAUAUUGCAUGAUUCAUUAACAUGACAUCGUCUGCACUUUUUUACUCUAUCUUAUUCUUCAUGCUUCCCAGUAACACUUCAGAUACUCUUUCAUAUCUAUAGUAUUCCUGGUGGGCGAGCAAAGGAGCAUAAGUUAGAAUUAUUAGUUUUACAGCUUCUCAGCUUCACUUAUAAUAUUUAAUGUGUCAUAUAAAAUCAGGUGUUCAAUUUUGUAUAUUAAAAUUUCAGAUAAAAGAGUGGAAAGGGAGUCAAAUUGACUUGUACUGUUAGAACCCUAAGCGAAAGACAGCAAUGUAGAAAAUAUUAGCAUUAUGUUGACAAAAAUUUGACCUAUACUCUUUUGCCUGCCAGAUAUAUAUGCAAUCAACUCUGUCCACGCUAUAAAAUCUUCACUUCUUUGAUUCACUUUCUUUCACUCUGACAUGUUAAUAGCUGUGGUUGUGGAUUAUUCAUGCUUCACUCGAUCUUAAAAUUAAACACAUUCUUUAAAGUGUGCUCUUCUAACACGACGCUAACUGACUGGUCUCAUAGGUUCUUAGUCUCGAGUGUGUUGAACACUUGUUAACGCGCUAUUUAGAUGAACUCGAACAAUAACAAUACUCUAUAGCUUGUUACACAAUGUUUGGCAAUAGAAAAAAAAUUAUUAUAAUGUUAAUACCUUAAUCGUGAUACAAAGCAUGUAAAAAUUUGUUCUAGAUCUAGUUCAACGAUUGUAUAUUGUAGAUGAAAUUAUUUAUAAUGAUAUUUCUUAUUAUGUUAACAAACUCAUAAAGACUGCAUACUCAUAACAGGGAUCGUUUCUCGUCUUUUUUGGACUAACAAAGUAUUUAUAACGUCCCUCGGAACUGCGGUCGCCCCGAAAACGUUGGUGUUGGUCGUCCUCGCUUCCGCUUCCGCCAACCGUUAAGACUCGAAAAAUUUACGAGGUUCCUCCACUUGGAAUCGCAGUCAGAUCCUCGUUAUUAAAGUUAUAGUACAUAGCGCAUUUUUGCUCUGUAUAAAUGUAUGGGACGAGAGAAUAUUUGACGAAAUUUAUAUACGAAGAAACGAAGAUUGGCAGAAGCACUUGCGUUUGCAAGAAACGAGGAUUUUUAUCGAUGCCAGGGCGAAUUAUUGGCAAUUCACACAUCCGGGGGCGUGACACGAAGAGUAAGGGGAAAUAAUAAAGAAUGUCGCAAAACAGCUUCAUUCAAUAAUCAAUUUUGAUUAUUUCAGUCUAUCACUAAAGAAAUAAGAUUCAAUGAAUUUAGCUAAUUAGGCAUCUAAGAAAAUCUCUAUAAACAGAUAUUCCUUAUUUUACCUUUUACUCUCCACAUAUCACAAGUGCAGAGUUACUUAGAAUCUCAAAAUAAGUAAGAUUUUUUAUGACCUUUUUACGAGUUUGCAAUUUUAUAUUUACUUCUAGACUAAUAUGAAUUUUAAUAAACGAGAAUUGCGUGGAAA